AUGUGCCUGCAACCCCAAGAGGGAGCUCCUUGCCCCUGGGUUAGGGUCGGGGCCCCAGAGGCCCAGGGUCAAGGCUAUGGCCCCAUCCAAAGGACGUGCAUCCAUGCAAGAGGCUGCAUCCGACAGGAACGGAAGAGGCUUCGCUGGGGCCUGCUCGAAUUCCUACUGUGGAAAGCAAGAGGAGGCGCCACUGGGCAGUGCGGGGCCCCGCCCACCCCUCCAGGCCUGGCACUCGCCCUCAGCAAAGAUGGCGCGGACGCGCUGGCGCUGCAGGGCUGGAUGCUGUAUCCCCGGGAGAGCCCGUCGCGGGAGUCCAAGGAGCUGGAUGGCCUCUGGAGCUUCCGCGCCGACUUGGACAACCGACGCCAGGGCUUCGACGAGCAGUGGUACCCGCGGCCGCUGCGGGAGCUGCGGGGCAGGUCAGGCCCCACCGUGGACGUGCCAGUUCCCAGCUUCAACGACAUCUGUCAGGACUGGUGGCUGCGGCAGUUUGUUGGCUGGGUGUUGUACGAACAGGAGGUGACCCUGCUGGACCAAUGGACCCAGGACCUGCGCACAAGAGUGGUGCUGAGGAUUGCCAGUGCCCACUCCUAUGCCACUGUGUGGGCGAAUGGGGUUGACACGCUAGAACAUGAGGCCAACAGCAGCAGCCUGGUCCAGGUGGGGCCCCUGUCCUCCUGCCCCCGCAUCACUAUCACCAUCAAUAAUACGCUCACCCCCUCCACCCUGCCACGAGGGACUAUCUGCUACAUGACCAACACCUCCAAGUAUCCCAAGGGUUACUUUGUCCAGAUCACAGACUUUGACUUCUUCAACUAUGUGGGACUGCAGCGGUCUGUGCUUCUGUAUAUGACACCCACCACCUACAUCGAUGACAUCACCAUCACCACUGGCAUGGAGCAUGACAGUGGGCUGGUGAAUUACCAGAUCUUCAAGUGCAGCAACCAGAUCCAGUUGAAAGUGCACCUUUUGGAGGCAGAAAACAAAGCCGUGGCCACUGGCGCCUGGACUCAGAGCCAGCUGAAGGUACCAGGUGCAGAAACACCCCCCCAUCUGUACUCGUUGGAGGUGCAGCUGACUGCACAGACGUCACUGGGGCCUGUGUCUGAUUUCUACACACUCCCUGUAGGGAUCCGCACUGUGGCUGUCACUGAGAGCCAGUUCCUCAUCAAUGGGAAACCUUUCCAUUUCCACAGCAUCAACAAACACAGGGAUGCGGACCUGCGUUUGAAGGACUUUGACUGGCUGCUGCUGGUGAAGGACUUCAACCUGCUUCACUGGCUUGGUGCCAACGCCUUCUGCACCAGCCACUACCCCUACGCGGAGGAAGUGCUGCAGAUGUGUGACCGCUAUGGGAUUGUGGUCAUUGGUGAGUGUCCCGCCGUGGGCCUGGUGCUGGCGCAGCUUUUCAACAAUGUGUCUGUGCAUCAACACAUGCAGAUGAUGGAGGAACUGGUGUGCAGGGACAAGAACCACCCCGCCGUGGUGAUGUGGUCUGUGGCCAACAAGCCUGCGUCCUACCUGGAAUCUGCCGGCUACUACUUCAGUGAAGAGUACCAGAAGAGUCUGCCAGAGCAGUACCAUCUGGGUCUGGAUCAAAAACACAGAAAGUACGUGGCUGGAGAGCUUAUCGGGAAUUCUGCUGAUUUCAUGACUAUCCAGUUGGAAGGCUCCUCUGCUCUGACCUUUGAGAAAGACAUAGAAGCAUUGGCCUUGUUUUCUCCAGCAUGGAGACACCUUAAGGGCCAUCAGGUGGUGUUUCUCAAUCUGGGCACAAUCAUCAAUGGGGGCAAGAAAAUCCCCCAUUACCUGUUGCUGCACAACUGGCAUCCUUGA